CUACGUAGCUAAUGAGCCAAUACAGAACUUCCUGGAGUAGAGGCAUUUAUCAAGGCUGGGAGUCUGAGUCUGGAAAUCAAAACUGAACGUCAGAGAAGCACGUAGGCUGUAUCUGUGAUUAAUUCACCACUAAUACCCGAGCACAGCUUCUACUUAGCGGGGAAACAGCCGGGCGGACGCUGUUAGCCUUCUCCAUUCUGACAGUUAGUUAGCUAGAUAACGUCUCCUGUUUAAAAUGGCCACAGAUGAGCUCUCGUCCAAGCUCAGCCGUCGGCUGCAGAUCGAAGAAGGAGCCGAGGACCCUGUUGCCGUGGACGCACCCGAAGAACAGAACGGGUCGGAGGAGAAACCCAGUACGGCCAACGCAGACUCGGAGCUGGGUGCCAAGCUUAUGCGACGAGGAGAGCUGAACGAGGGGCAGGGUGAGCCCUCCCAGCCCAGCAUGAAGGUCUUCAACCCCUACACCGAGUUCAAAGAGUUCUCCAGAAAGCAGAUCAAAGACAUGGAGAAGAUGUUCAAAAUGUAUGAUGCUGGGAAAGACAACUACAUCGACCUUAUGGAGCUGAAGCUGAUGAUGGAGAAGCUCGGUGCUCCACAGACACACCUCGGCCUGAAGAACAUGAUCAAGGAGGUCGACGAGGACCUCGACAACAAACUCAGCUUCAGAGAGUUCCUGCUGAUCUUCAGGAAGGCAGCAGCAGGAGAGCUGGCGGAGGACAGCGGUCUCAGUGUCCUCGCUCGCCUCUCUGAAAUCGACGUCUCCACAGAGGGGGUCAAAGGAGCCAAGACCUUCUUUGAAGCCAAAGUCCAGGCCAUCAGCGAGUCCAGUCGGUUUGAGGCAGAGAUCCGCCAGGAGCAGGAGGUCAAGAAGAAGCAGGCCGAGGAGCAGAAACAGAGACGAGCUGCUUUCAAAGAACUGCAGUCGGCCUUCAAGUGACCCCCCCCCCCCUCACCUCAGGACCUUUCACUCUCUGUGCUGUACUAAUGCUGUUAUUUUGUUAAUGCUCUGUGUAUGACAGUGGUAGACCUGAGUCAGCCACAGGCCAGAAGUCCCACACAUGCUGAUCACUAGUCUUUGAUACAGUGGACUAGAUACACACUGAAAAAUCCUCACUGUCCAUGCUUAUGCAGAUAAUCGAUUAGGAAUCAAAGAUCAUCAGUACAUUUAGCUCAGUAACACCCUCAAACAUCAAAAUACAAGUGAAAUAAAGGUUUAGUGUAACCACAGUCUGUACUGAGCUAAAUGAACAGAAGACUCUUACAGUCUGACAUUAGUCACUGUGUCUGCAACAGCAAAGAACCAUUUUUACCCAGAUAUAAACUCUUUGGCCCCUGUGCUGGCACAGCGGGGCGCUGAUAAAAUUCAUCAUUUUAUCAUUAUGGCCUCAUGGGAUCAUAAACAGCUGCACAUUCAGCCUUCAUGAUUAGUAUUUGAUUAUCAUACCUGUACCUAAAACCACACACACACACACACACCGACACAGCCAGCUGUUGACUACCUGCUGUGUCUGGAGUCCAGUUCCCAGUAUUUACGUAGACAGGUGAUGAAUGCACUUAUUGCACUGUCCUGGCUACAGUGUUGACCUAUAUUUGAUUGACUUCAUUCAUUCCAGAACUCAUAUUAAAUCCACAGUAAGACUUUGCAGUCAUUCGAUUCAUCUAUCUAUAGUGUUACAUGUUGAACAAAGAGCUGAGCUCCACAGUGUCACUGUCCGCUCUGUUUUUUUGUGGGUGUAGAUUGUGGUGGUUGUGGUUGGGGGUGGUAGUUGGUGGUGGUUUGUGGGACCUCAGAUGAACAGACAACUUUAGAAUAAGGUUAUUUUAGGAACAUGGGUCUGUCUUGUCUAGUUCUGGUUAUUAUUCCCAUCAUGCAUCAUCUUAUUCGCCAACCUCACUGCUGUAAUGUGUGGAUGUAGCGACUGUUCUCCAACCACAGGAACCACCACACACUUUGAAACUUUCACAAUCAGUUGAAAGUGAAGUGUCUCCGUGGUCCACGAGCUACUUCCUGCUUCAUCUGGAUUCACUUUAGUUUUCAUUUUCUGAUCAGCGGUUUGGUCCGUGAGUAACAUGCUUCUGUACCCGAUGGAAACGACAGCCAAACUGUGCAGAUCAUGUUCUCGUUUUGUCACCUGAUGAUGAACCUGGAGGUUCAGAACAUCACCUGUGCCAUUCCAGCAGUUAGACCAGUGCCACUCAGCUUCACAGCUUCCACUGCUUUAUGUUUCCCACUGUUCUCUCACUGUCAAGUUGUGACUAAUGUGAAAUCCUUCUUCCUGAAUUGAAACCAGCCUUGAAUGCUAAUCCACUCGUUUCCUGUGGCCCUCACCAGUUGUGAGAUCAGCUGGUGGGAUCUGUGUAUUUUCUGUAAUCAGGUAAAUCUUUUUAGCCAAGAGAUUUGCACAUUUUGCACUUACUUGGUCAUUUGAUGUAAGUGUGUUGAUCAGUAGAUAGUAGAUUAAACUUUGGCAUUGUUAAAUUUAAUUCAACAUUGUCUUUGAGACUAGGUGUUAAUCCUGAAGAUUGUUUAAUCGACAGUAGCACAAUUACUGUUACACCAGAGAUUAGACAGAUAAUGGAACAUCAUUGAUUUGAAAGAUAAUCAGCACAUGAUGUUUGUAACAUGAAUUCAUCUUUCACUAACAUGUGGGACCUUUAACCUCUUGGUCAUCUGUUGGUGUGUCUGUUAAAAAUCAGUUCAAACAAAUGAAGAACAACCACAUGGCUCCAUGAAUCCCUCACUGAGUGAGGAAGACUUUGUGUUAAUAACCCCACCUCUCUCUGCAGUCGCGCCCUCUCUGGUGCCAAGUCACAUUUUUCUUCACUUUACUUCUGGUUUACUCUCAGUGUGGCUUACUGGUUUCCUCCAUGUUAAGAAAAGGGAAGAACAAAUGGCGUCAUGUCCUGCAGUAGAUCAGAGUGGCUGCUCUGUGAGCGUAGUUAUGUAAUGGAGUAAUGGACCAAUACAAAUACACAGACCUGUAUAAACUGUAUGUGUGGGACUGAUAACUAAAUACGACUGUGUAUUGUUGUAUUGUAUUAUUGUGUGUGCUAAUGUGUUGUAAUGAAACACUGUCAUACAGCCACAUGACCUGACCCUGCAUUUGUUUGAAAUGACUCAUAGCACAGAUGUUGUGUGUUGACAGGUGUUUCUUCAGAGAGACAAAGAUUAGAUUCAAUCUUCAGGAUUCUCACUCAGUCUAUUAAAUCUAAAUCUGGGGACUUUAGUUUUUGUAUUGUGGCACAGAACAAUUUCAAUUAUUUUAUAGAAGAUUUUUCUAUCUUAACACUUUGCUGUUGAGCCACUUUGUAAAUGUGUGAGGGAGGAACUUUUGGAUACUGUAUAAAAUAAUAUGCAAGCUCCCUCAGUGUAGUUACUGACACGGCACUGUCUGUUGAUGCCAGGACUCUCCGCACCGUGACUGAAACCUUCUUCAUGAGGAACCGAACAAAUAUUUCAUCACAGUAUGAAACGCUGUCUCUGAAGCUUCUUCCCAGCUCAUUGUUGAUGACUCAACACUGGUCAGUCUGGUUUCUGCAGCUUCAUCAGUGAGCUGGGAGGACGUUUCGGAGGUUUCAGGGUCUUAGCUUGUUGCUUUGUAGUGUAAAAUGGAGGAUGAUUUUGUCAGAUCAUCCUGUUUUUCCUGUUAUGUAUCAUUUAUACAGUAAGGCUCGUAGUUCAACAGAGGCCUGUCCCAGUCAUUUACUGUUGUAACUCAACACUGUCAGCUGUCACAGUCGGAUCAUUAUGUUGGUUUGUUGGUGCGGAUUCUCAGCGCCAGUAUUCAAGAGAAACACAGUUACUGUUCUUUAGUUCUUGAUGAGCAAACCCUUCAUCAUCAUGCCUCCUCUGUGGUUCUCCAGCAAACUUAUACCAGCACUGUGUUAUACUGGAGGUGUAACAGGAAACUAAAGUAUUAUUUAUUUUAGACGUCAUCCCAUUAAACCUCAUUGAUGGAGAACAGUGACUUCAGUGAACACACAGUGGAGUCCAUGUGUCCUUCUACUGAAUCCUCUUCAUGUCCUUAUUGUUAAAGUGCCAAAUGUUUCGACUACUGUCAUUAUGUCCAGUUCAGUGGAGCUGUUCACUCCACAGCAACACAAAUGUGAAUGGAGAUGAUAUUGAUGAUGAGAUGCAGUUAUUCAGAGAGCUGUUGGCCGAUGUUGGUGUUGUUGGUGUCAUGGAUCUAACUUUGCCUCUGACAGACAUAUUUCCUCUUGUUGUUGCUGUGCCCUCCUCGCUCACUGCUGAUGUUCACAAACUCAACUGUGAACUGUGUUGAAUGUGAAAACUUCUCUGUGAGCCUGGAGGGAGUGUGUGGUCUCUGCUCUGUACAACAUGAUCAAGGAGGGUUUAACUAACAUGUUUUCCUUCUAUGUUUUCAUUUCAUUUUCUAUUUUUGUUAGUGUCGGCAGUUGUAUUGUCUUGUAUGCUGAUAACAAAUGAGGAAACUCUAAUACAUCUUCAUUUUGAUUUUCAAUAAAACAUCCUUUUGUCGCAGUA